UCUCUCUCAAGGCGUGGCUUUUGGCUUUCAUUACUCUUUCCCUCUAUCUCUCUCUCACAUAAAAACACAAAGCUAUCAAGCACUCAUCAAUGCCCAUGCUUGUUUGCUUGCUUUCUUUCCUUCUCAUUUGCCUUCUCUUUCUCUCUCUCUGACACACACACAAACAAAGUGAAAGAACUACCAAACAUAACACAAACACUCUUUGUCUUGUAAAAUUAAUGUCUUUUAGUUCUUUCACAUACAAUCAUGCCUGCCUCCAUUAACCCCUCUCUCUUUUCUCUCUCUCUCACUCUUUGAAGUGAACAACAACAAAGAGAAAGAAAUCAUUGAAAUCAUUCACAAAACACUAUUUCCCACUCUUGUUUCCUCUCCUUUGUAGUAUUGGUAUUACUUUGUUUGCUCUAUAAAAAGGGCAACAAGCACCAAAUAUAAUGGAUAGGUGGGAUUAUAAUAAAUCUCUACGAGAAGAACAUCACCACCGACACCGUAGAGAAAACCCAUCUUUCUCUUCCACUCUUCUUGACGCUAUUUACAACUCCAUAGACGAUCAAUCCCACAACAAAGCCAAAGAAGAUCAACUCAUUUUCUACAAAGAAACAACCAUGAGAUCAAAGAAGCACACUUCCCUGCCCAAUACCAACCUCAGAAAAGCCCAACAACAAGAAGACCAAGAUGAAGAAAUGGCUAGCUUUCGAAAGACAUGCAUGAUAGAGAAGUGGAUGGAGAAGAAGAACAAGAAGAACAAAGUGAAUGAGAAGGAAAAGGUACUACUUUCACAAAACGAAAACCGUGCUUUUAUGUUGCAAAAUUCUAGCUCAAGCUCUUCUGAUUCGAGUUGUGGAGGUGGGUUUUCUUCGUCUGAGUCUGAUUCUAUGUAUGUCUCUAAUAAAUCAAGGUCUUCUUCUUCUUCAUGUUACAACACCAUGCAACAAAGGCCAGCAACAAUAAAGCCUAUUCGUACCAGUCUCUCUGAAAAGCCUCGUCAAUUUGGUGAAAGUUUUGUCUCAUCUAAUUACAAUUCAUGUUCAACUCAGAAUAGUAAGCCAAAGCAUGAGAAUGGUUUCGUCAAGACAAAGUCCAAAGCCAUGAAAAUCUACGGAGAUUUGAAGAAAGUGAAGCAGCCAAUAUCACCAGGUGGAAAGCUCGCAACUUUUCUCAACUCUCUUUUCACUAAUGCUUCAAAGAAAGCCAAAACAGUUGGAGGGUUUGAUAAAUAUGAGAGAUCAAAAUCGAAGUCUACAACUACUUCUACAUGUUCUUCUGCGUCUUCGUUUUCAAGGUCCUGUUUAAGCAAAACACCAUCUUCUUCUAGAGGGAAGUUCAGUAGCAAUAAUGGUAGUGUUGGUGGUGGUGUUGGUAAUGUGAAAAGGUCUGUGAGGUUUUGUCCAGUGAGUGUGAUUGUGGAUGAGGAUUGUAGGCCUUGUGGGCAUAAAAGUUUGCUUGAAAAUGAACCAGCAGGGCUAAUGGCUGUGUCAACCAUAAGAGAUGCUGAGAUUAAGUGUUAUGUAAUGGGUGGGAAUUAUAGGGUUGAAGAGCUGGUUGCUAAGGAUUUGAUCAAGAAUUAUCAGAAAGAGAAGGAAAUGAGAGAUUGUGUUAUUCAAGAUGCUAAUAUUGGAGAUUUUGAUGAUGAAGAUGAUGAUGAUGAUGCAGCAAGUUAUUCAAGUUCUGAUCUGUUUGAAUUGGAUAAUCUUUCUGCCAUUGGGAUUGAGAGGUAUCGUGAAGAAUUGCCUGUGUAUGAGACAACACAUUUCAAUACUAAUAGAGCCAUUGCUAAUGGCUUAAUUCUGUAAUUUCCAAAGAAUUUGGAACUUUUUUUUUUCUUUUUUUUCUUUUUUUAGCCUUUUUAAUAUCAAUGGUUUGGGGGUUUACUUGAGAUAAUAAUAUUUAUCUUGUUGUAUUAUGAAA